CAAGAGAAAAUGCAAAAUCACUGCUGUUGUUUUGUUUUUAAUUUUGAAUUUAUUAGACAUUGAAUAUUCAGCUAAUAGUGGACAGUGGAUUUCCCUGUGACUCAGGUCAGAUCCCGUGUGAGAACCUCAAAACACUGCUCUGAUCAUCGCCGGUGAUAUCCUUCUUCCCCAUUCCUCCGAAUUCCGUCUCACAACCCCAAUUUUCCAUUUCAAUUCUCUUUCCCCUCCUUGGAAAAAACCCAUUGCUCUUUCUCUCACCCGAAUCGCUCUCACAGGCAUAAAACCAAACACCUUGGACCCAAAAAACAGCAAUGUUUUCUGGGAGGUUCCCGUUAUUCGGAGGCGGAGAUUCUCGAGCAGUGGACAACGCCAGUUCGACAUCGAAGGGCGAGGAACUCGCGCCCGUUAUCUCCCCCACACUGAAGCUCGAAACCGAUAGGCAGGUUUACAGGCCCGGUGAUCCUGUGCUUGUGACCAUCCAGAUCUCCAAUCCGGCAAAUGGGUGCUCGUUUCUGAUGGAAAGACUCGGUUUUGAGAUCAGGGGCAUCGAGAAAUUGGACACUCAGUGGUUCGCCACACAGAAGCCUUUGCCUGGCACAAGACACAGGAGAGGUGAGCAUGUUUUUCUGGAGUUCUCAACACCGGUCCUAGUUGCAAACCACAUUGUUAAUGCGGGCGCGACCAAAUCCUAUGUGGUGCGAACGCAGCUGCCUAGCAUUAUUCCACCAUCUUACAAGGGUUCCAACAUUCGCUAUUUGUACUAUGUUAAAAGUUCCGUAACUGGAGGGUGGAUAAUAUUUGAAAAUGGGCAAUCUCAUGCAGACUCCAAUAAUGAUGUUACUGAUUUGGAAGUUCGUAUACCAUUACAAAUAUGGAUAAACCAAAAGAGUGGUGGCUUUCCAAUGGAUGAUGAUAUUGUUCCCUUAACUACUGUACAACUGGAUAUAUUUUGGAAAGAGAUGGAUGGAGAUGCUGAUUGGGUUAGAGCAAAUGAUAUUUAUGAUGGAGUAGAGGAGGGCUAUGACAGCUCAAGAGACGACAUCUCAUCUGUUUCUUCUUAUAACCCCAUGAAGGAGAGCCUACACAGAGGCUUUGGAAGUUCAUUGUCACUGCGAUCUUCUUCUGCAAGAUCAUUGACCAGGGAUGCUUCUACUGUAGAAGGUUUCCGAACAAGUUUAUCUUCAAAUAUGGCACUACCUCGGCUGUCUGUUGCUGAAGUAUUAUCUGAUUCUGGUUCUGAUGUCUUGUCAAGCCAAAAGUUAUUUGCCGUUAUGUCCCCAAAUGAGCAACAGAAGCUGCGAAAGACUUUUUCCACAGAAGAUGUGGGAGCAUCCUCUUCAGCUGAAGCUGGAGAAGGCUUUAUUAGAGGAAGGUCUUAUAAUAUCCGACUUGAUGAUCAAGUUUUGCUUAAAUUUUAUCCUAAAAAUUCGGACGCAACUUAUUACUUCAGUGAUGUGAUAGGUGGCACUCUAACUUUCUUUCACGAAGAAGGAGCUAGGAGAUGCCUUGAGAUAUCAAUAACACUUGAAACUUCAGAAACCAUAAAUCGGCGAUUUGUCCAUCCUUCUAGAAGGAAUUCUCCUACAAUCACAAAGGUUCAGAGCGAUCAUCAUGAGGUUGUAGCAGAUUUAUUGCAGACAAGCUUUCUCUUUUCUAUCCCCAUGGAUGGCCCAAUGUCCUUCUCAACUCAACAUGUUUCAGUGCAGUGGGUUCUCCGCUUUGAAUUUUUCACAACUCCAAAGCGUGUAGAUUGGAAAAAGUAUGAUCAUCCUCUUUUGGUCGAGGCAAGGGAGAAAACGGAAUGGGUUCUCCCAAUUAGUGUACAUGCUCCACCACCAAGAGCUCCUGCUUCUGCUUCUGCCACAAGAAGCGAAAAACUUUUCUCUUUGGAUCCUAUGUGGGUACACAAUUGAAGUUAAAUUAAGAUGAAGCUGAAAUAUGGUAACCGACCAUUGUAGCCUUUUAUACGCCUCAAGCUUCAAUUCUUUAAAUGUACAAAAUUUUCACAAAAUAACAGCCAGUGAAAUGUCAGAAUGAUCAUUUGUAGCAUACCAGAAUUCCAGCAAUUUGUCGUGCUUGGUUUAACUGAAAUGUGGCAGGUCUUUUGAGUAUAGUAUUCUUCUCAUUUCAUGUUUUUUUUCA